AUGGACAAGGCCAUCAAGCUCAUCAGGAUAUACGAUCUUUCACAUAGUCGGAAUAUUAGCGAAAAGACUGGCUACAAAAAGACCAAUAAGAAGGUAGAAGAACUGCGCAAGUCCAGCCGUUCAUUAUCCAAUCGCGAACCCGCAUCCAUAGAAUCAUUGGAAAAGCAACUUUUAUCCCUCAAGGGAUUGUACGAUACCCAAUUCAACGAGCUGCGAUUUUUGAAUUACAAAGGACAACAUCGGAUGCAAGCGGAGAUGAUGAACAUUUUUGUCUACGGCGGCCGCAAAUAUGACAAGCGAAAAGCAAGAAAGCGCAAGAAGUACAGGAAGGAGCAGAAGGGGAAGAAGCGCAAAGGGAAGAAAAAGGAAAGAUGGGGAACCAACAUAGGAGGAGGUUUGCCCGAUAUCUCCGGGAUGUGUCAAUCGAUUCUGAAAAAGGCCGAAAACCAAGGCCUGUUCGUUGUCGUCCCUAUUUACUUCACAGGUUUGCAACAACUUCCACCAAGGAUCGCUGAAGCAUAUUUGUGGCAAUGA